AUGACGCUCGGUAAACCCCCUGGGUCCAGGAAAACUAAGCGUUCUGGCACUUCAUCCUCCGUACAUGUCCACCACCUAUACACCUCCCGGUCACUUAGCGGUCGCACCAGCCUACGACAAGAGGUUCUAAACGCCACGGCCAUUCACAAGAGGCAGGCCAAGGAUCGCAUAGACCACACCCUUCGUCAGGAUGCUAUGUCCGCAGUGGAAAGAGAUGAGUUGGAGGCAAUCCGUACAAACACCACCAACGACAGCGGCAGUAGAAGCGUUGAUGACAGCAACAUUGAGCAUGAUGCCUGGGAAAUGGAUGUCGACGCGAUUCUUGCGGGAGCGGAAACAAUAGACAUUAGCCAUGCAGGGGGGGAAUUCACCGCACUUGUGGAUAUUGCAGAUGAAUUACUGGGCCCACCAAAUAGACGACCCCGCACUCGUGACUACCGUACACGUAGGGAUCGAACACAACGACGCGUCGACGCAUUUAAUAUCCAGCUCCCAGCACUGAUAGAGGCUUACAUGGGGUGGAUGCUUCAACUUGGAGAGGAUGGGUAUUCAGGAGAGUAUGUAUUGCCUCCCAAUGCUGAAGUCCAGGCAACAACAACCAUCUGUGAAGUCGACGUGUACCAUAUAGACUACCAAGUUUACUGA